AUGUAUCACGUCGAACUUCUUCCGAGUACGACAACUCACCUCACUCCGGGGUGGACCUACGUCCCCGACAGGGGCUUUGACCCAUCCAAAGCAGCGAUCACGCCUACUAUCGGCAGGAAACGAGGCAUUCGCGACCCCGGUAGCCGUGGAGAUGUAUCAUCAAGACAGGCCAACGCGAUCAUUCGACAUUUAGCAGAACUCGAUCGGGAGAACCACAAGGAUGUCCAUAUCCCUAUCCCAGUGAAACAAAAGGAUGCAGCUGGAAGAGGGACAAGAGGCAAAGUUACCUCAAACGUGCGCCGUAUCCUUCAAUCGCAGAAGACCUUCAGGAACUAUCUCGAUGACGAGGAAGCCGCAUUGGCGCAAGCAGGCCAGUCUACGACGCAGCGUCCCCCAGCCAACAAAGUAACAAAACCAUCAUCAUUACGACGAAGCUCGACACCUGCCACAACGCCCAAACCUGAAUCCUCGCGUCAGAAGAAACAGCCCUCCACUGCACCCGCGCCACAGAGGGCAUCAGCGACCCCUGCAAACCCACCGAGCGUCGCUACCACAGAAGACACGGAGAAGGAACUGGAGAAGGAACCAGAGGACAAGCAAGCACUUCUCAAAACCGAGCACGAUGACGACCCCCUCCUGAGAUCGUAUAUCCCCUCUGCACCGUCGGAGCGUAUUAUGCAGGCACUUCUUGCGGAGCCUCCAUUGACGUAUAAUGCUUCUCGCGUCGGCCCGCCAGUCACAAUGAAAUCGCAGCGGUAUUUCUGCUGUGUGUGCGGUUACUGGGGCAAGAUCCGGUGCAAGAACUGCCCUUCGCGGACCUGCGGUUUGGAUUGUUACAAACUUCAUGAGGACUCCAGAUGUGGGGCGUUCUACUAG